GUGAUAGUAUCUAGUAGCUUCACAGCCACACUCCCCUCUCACUACUCUCUCUCUCUCUCUCUCUCACAAAAUCAAACAAAAAUGGCGUCAAUGGCAUCGAUUGGAGCGGUGAAACUCCCAUCAUCAUCAAACAGAUACAACUCUUCAAAAGACACCCGGAAAUGGAAAUCGGGUCACACCGACAGCCCAAGAAACCUCUCAUUCUCAGCUUCCAAUCUCUGUAACGGCGACACCAACCGCGCCGCAUUUGGAAUCCAUAACCGCCGCAGCAGCAGCCAAACAUCAACCAACUACAGAAGAUGCUCCAGAAUCGUGUCUCCAAAAGCCGUUUCCGAUUCCAAAAACUCCCAGACUUGUCUAGACCCCGAUGCCAGCCGAAGUGUGCUGGGGAUAAUCUUAGGAGGUGGAGCAGGGACGAGGUUGUACCCAUUGACGAAGAAGAGAGCGAAGCCAGCUGUGCCAUUGGGAGCGAAUUACAGGCUGAUAGAUAUUCCAGUGAGCAAUUGUCUCAACAGUAAUGUGUCGAAGAUCUAUGUGCUUACUCAGUUCAAUUCAGCCUCUCUCAACCGACAUCUCUCACGUGCGUAUGCCAGCAACAUGGGUGGUUACAAAACCGAAGGAUUUGUCGAAGUCCUCGCUGCCCAACAGAGUCCCGAGAAUCCCAAUUGGUUCCAGGGUACCGCUGAUGCGGUAAGGCAGUACUUGUGGCUCUUUGAGGAGCACAAUGUGCUGGAAUUCCUGGUUCUUGCUGGGGACCAUUUGUACCGAAUGGAUUAUGAGAAAUUUAUUCAAGCACACAGGGAAACUGAUGCUGAUAUCACUGUGGCUGCUCUGCCCAUGGAUGAAAAGCGUGCCACUGCAUUUGGUCUGAUGAAGAUUGAUGAAGAAGGCCGCAUUGUUGAAUUUGCCGAGAAACCCAAAGGAGAGCAACUCAAAGCUAUGAAGGUUGAUACUACCAUUUUAGGUCUCGAUGAUGAGAGAGCGAAGGAGAUGCCUUACAUUGCUAGUAUGGGUAUAUAUGUUGUCAGCAAAGAUGUGAUGUUAGAUCUGCUUCGAGAGAAGUUUCCUGGAGCAAAUGAUUUUGGAAGUGAAGUUAUUCCUGGUGCAACUUCCAUUGGGAUGAGAGUGCAAGCUUACUUGUAUGACGGUUACUGGGAGGACAUUGGUACGAUUGAGGCUUUUUAUAAUGCAAACUUGGGGAUCACCAAAAAGCCAGUGCCAGAUUUUAGCUUCUAUGAUCGAUCAUCUCCUAUCUACACCCAACCCAGGUAUUUGCCUCCAUCCAAAAUGCUUGAUGCUGAUGUCACAGAUAGUGUUAUUGGUGAGGGCUGUGUAAUAAAGAACUGUAAAAUUCACCAUUCUGUGGUUGGGCUCCGGUCUUGCAUAUCAGAGGGUGCAAUCAUCGAAGACACACUGUUGAUGGGAGCUGAUUAUUAUGAGACUGCUGCUGACAGGAGGUUUCUAGCUGCAAAGGGUAGUGUUCCAAUAGGAAUUGGCAAGAACUCUCACAUCAAGAGAGCUAUAAUUGACAAGAAUGCUCGAAUUGGGGACAAUGUGAAGAUUCUUAACGGUGACAAUGUACAAGAAGCUGCAAGGGAAACGGAUGGUUAUUUCAUUAAGAGUGGAAUUGUCACUGUGAUCAAAGAUGCCUUGAUUCCCUGUGGAACCGUAAUCUAGAAACACACUUAUCACCAGUCCCUGCUGACUAUGGAAAAUUCUUCCUGGUUAUUGGUGAGAAGCUGUAAGAGGAACUCUACUUCCACGGAAGGUUCUGCCUCCUGGCAGAUUUAUGAUGUAUAUUUCCCGGUAGUAUAAUGUAAUUAGUUGAGGAAGAAACCUCGAAAGGGUAUUCUAAGUUUUUUUCUACUUGAAUAAGAAGCUCCUCUAUAUAUAUGCCUGCAUUUUCCCGUUUA